CGGCUCCGGCGGCACCGGCUCCGCUCCGUUCCGCGGCUCCUUCAGCCCCAGCGCCGCGAACAGAGUCCCUGCGGUCCCGCGGGCAGGGCCAGGCCCGGCCCCAGCCCCGCUGCGCCAGCGGGGCCUGCCCGGGGUGGGAGAGGAGGAGGAGGGACUCCGCAGCGGCAACAACUGACGUGUCCCCGCCAUGGAGCUCGGCGUGAUUCAUCAGCGGCGGCGGGGCGGCAGCGGGGUGCCGUGCUCCGCUCCCGCGUAGGCACUGCCGCGGCGGGGGCAGCCCCGGCACCGCUCUGCCGCCCGUGCCGCCCUCCUCCUCCUCCCUCCUCCUGCUCGCCGCCUCUCCUCUUCCCCCGCGGCUAGGCGAGGAUCCCGGGGGAGGCAAGAUGGAAGAAAUCCUGCGAAAGCUGCAGAAGGAGGCGUCGGGGAGCAAGCACAGGGCCAUCAAGGAGAGCUGCACCUCGGCCAUCGAAACCUUGGAUUCUCCCGAUGCUGCUAUCAAGAUACCGCCCUAUCAGCUGAGGGAGAAGUGUCUCCUUCCUCUUCAACUGGCUCUGGAAUCGAAGAGCAUGAAGCUGGCCCAACAGGCUCUAGCAGGGAUGCAGAAGCUGCUGUCUGAUGAGAGGUUUGUAUCCGUGGAAACAGACUCCGAUGAGAAACAGUUGCUUAAUCAGAUGCUGAAUGCUGUCAAAGUGACUCCUUCGCUCAAUGAAGACCUGCAAGUUGAAGUGAUGAAGGUCUUGCUCUGUAUAACAUAUACCUCCACCUUUGAGCUGAAUGGGAGUUCAGUGUUGAAGAUUGCUGAGUUGUGUUUUGCAUGCCAUAGAGCUGGAAGUCCCCGAAUGCAUGAAAUGAUCAAAAUGUCCAUUGCACACCUCUUUGGAGCCCUGAGCUCUCGCAUUUUUACUGCUGCUUCUUCAUCAGUGGCUUUUCAAAAGGUUUGCAUUGAGACAUAUGUAUCUAGCUGUCACCAGCGGAGCAUUAACACCGCUGUGCGGGCAACCCUCAGCCAAAUGUUGAGUGACUUGACUUUACAGUUACGACAAAAGCAGGAAAACAUGACAGCUGAAAACCCUGACACCUUGCAGAAAUUCAAGAGUCAAGGUACUUCAGCUGAGUCUCUUUGUGAUGAUGUUGUAUCUGUCCUCAGUGUGCUCUGUGAGAAGCUCCAGGCUGUCAUAAAUGACAAUCGUCAACUUCAGCUUCUUUACUUGGAGUGCAUCCUCUCCAUGCUAAACAGCUCCUCCCCCAGCAUGCACCAGCACAAAGGAUUCACUGAUCUAAUAUGGAAGCAACUGUGUCCAGCCCUAAUAGUAAUCCUGGGAAAUCCAAUCCAUGACAAAACUAUCACCUCUGCCCACAGUAGCAUCUGCCUUGAGGCUGAUUCACCUUCCUCAGGGAUCUCUGAUCAUGGCCGGGGUUCAGGUUGUUCUUCCACGGCACCUGCCCUUAGUGGGCCCGUUGCACGGACCAUAUAUUAUAUUGCAGCAGAACUGGUUCGACUGGUGGGGUCAGUGGAAUCCAUGAAGCCUGUGCUACAGUCUCUGUAUCACCGAAUAUUGCUUUACCCACCACCUCAACAUCGAGUAGAAGCCAUCAAAAUUAUGAAAGAGAUACUUGGCAGUCCUCGGCAGCUUUGUGAUUUGGCAGGGCCCUGCUCUUCUGAGUCAGAAUCCAAGAAGAGGUCUAUUUCUAAAAGAAAGUCCCAUCUGGAUCUUCUCAAGCUUGUCAUGGAUGGGAUGACGGAAGCGUGCAUCAAAGGUGGUAUUGAGGCGUGUUAUGCUUCGGUGUCCUGCGUCUUUGCCCUGCUUGGAGCAUUAGAUGAGCUGAGCCAAGGGAGGGGUCUUAGUGAAGAGCAGAUCCAGCUGCUGCUCCAGCGCUUAGAAGAAUUGAAGGAUGGGACCGAGACAAGCAGGGACUCCAUGGAGAUCAAUGAUGCUGACUUCAGGUGGCAGAGACGCAUCCUGUCCUCAGAAAACCCUGCCUGGGAGUCAGGAAAUGAGAAGAGUCCUGAUAUUAGCAUUAGUGUUACCACAGACACUGGUCAGACUACUUUGGAAGGGGAUAUGGGACAAACAACUCCAGAGGAUAAUCCAGAAAGUCAAAAAAACUCCUUGCCAUCUCCAACUGGACAUGAAAGCAAAGAGAUUCAUUACAGAGAACCAGAGUCAGAAACCAUUGACCAGCCAGAUGUUGUUCAAAGAAGCCACACCAUCGUCUAUCCAGAUAUAACUAACUUUUUAUCAGUUGACUGCAAGACCCGUUCCUAUGGAUCCCGAUACAGUGAAAGUAACUUCAGUGUAGAUGACCAGGACUUUUCUAGGACUGAGUUUGAUUCAUGCGAUCAGUAUUCCAUGGCAGCAGAAAAGGAUUCGGGCAGGUCUGAUGUCUCAGACAUAGGCUCUGACAAUUGCUCCCUGGCUGAUGAGGAGCAGACACCACGGGAUUGCCCAGGUCACAGGUCCUUACGCACUGCUGCUCUCUCUCUCAAAUUGCUGAAGAGCCAAGAAGCAGACCAACACAGUGCACGGCUCUUUAUCCAGUCACUUGAAGCGCUUCUUCCUCGGCUUAUAGCUCUUCCCAGCAUCGAAGAAGUGGAUGGAGCACUACAGAGCUUCUCUUCAACAUUCUGCUCAGUUACUCACCUUAUCCACGCCCCCAAAGUGACGACAGUGGAAAGUCCGAGAAGGCAGCAGCACAGAGCUUUCAAACCCUCACGAGGUAUGAUGCACUCACCAGGAUUUGAGGGAAACCUAAAUUUCAACUUCCAGACUCUGAUGAAUGCAGACAGUCUCUACGUGGUAUCACAUUACACUCUGUUGCUGAACCUAAAAUUGGCAAACUCUGAUUACUACAGGAAGAAGCCUGCCCAAGCCCCUGUGUUGCUGAAGGAGUUUAUGAAGCAGGUCCAGUCCAGUGGAGUGUUGAUGGUGUUUUCCCAGGCCUGGGUUGAAGAACUGUACCACCAGGUACUAGAAAGGAACAUGCUCAGAGAAGCUGGAUACUGGGGAAGCCCUGAGGAACACAGCCUUCCUCUUAUCAGCAUGCUGACAGACAUUGAUGGCUUGGGCAGCAGUGCAAUUGGUGGCCAAUUGAUGGCAUCUGCUUCAGCUCAAUCUCCUCUUUCCCAGAACCGGAAGACAGAUGAUUCUGUUGUUGCAGGAAUUGCUUUUGCCCGAUACCUUUUAAUUGGCUGUUGGAAGAACUUGAUUGACACUUUGUCCACCCCUCUGACCGGCCGCAUGGCAGGCAGCUCCAAGGGGCUGGCCUUCAUCUUGGGAGCAGAAGGAGCCAAAGAGCAGAACCAGAAGGAGAAGGACUCCAUCUGUGUGAGCCUGGAUGGACUAAGGAGGGCAGCCCGGCUGAGCUGUGCUCUAGGAGUUGCUGCUAAUUGUGCAUCUGCUCUUGCCCAAAUGUCUGCGGCCUCCUGUGUCCAAGAAGAGAAAGAGGAAAAAGAAAUCCAAGAACCCAGUGAUGCUAUAGCUCAAGUGAAACAGAAAGUGGAGCAGAAACUGGAGCAGAUGGGGAAAGUGCAGGGAGUCUGCCUGCACACUGCUCAUGUUUUGUGUAUGGAUGCAGUCCUCAAUGUGGGUUUGGAGAUGGGAAGCCAUAAUCAGGACUGUUGGCCUCAUGUAUUCAGGGUGUGUGAGUACAUCAGCACACUGGAGCACACCCACUUCAGUGAUGGUGCUGCCCAGCCCUCCCUUACCAUCACCCAGUCACAGCAAGCACCUGGAGGGCUGCACCCAGACUCUGAGCCCGGGGAGGCUCCUCAGGCACUGACCCCCGAGCAGGAGACCACGCUCAGCAGCCAUCCGGUCAUUCAGCCAGUUUCUAUCCAGGAUCUCAUCAAGGACAGCAGUAAGGGCAGAGCUUUUGACUUCCGUGGAGGCAGUCUGCUGUGUGGGACCAGUGCUGCCAAGGCUGUUCUCACGCUCUCCACACAGGCUGACAGGCUCUUUGAAGACGCUGCUGACAAGUUAAACUUGACGGCACUGGCAGGCUUCCUUUACCAGCUCAAGAAGGCUUCUCAGGCCCAGCUUUUCCAUUCAGUCACAGAUACAGUUGAUUACUCACUAGCAAUGCCAGGUGAAGUAAAAUCUACACAGGACAGGAGAAGUGCACUUCACUUAUUCCGACUUGGUGAUGCCAUGCUCAGAAUCGUAAGGAGUAAAUCCCGCCCACUGCUCCACCUCAUGCGCUGCUGGAGCCUGGUGGCACCUCACCUUGUAGAGGCUGCCUGUCACAAGGAGAGACACGUGUCUCAGAAGGCUGUCUCCUUCAUCCACGACAUCCUCACCGAAGUGCUGGUGGACUGGAAUGAGCCUUCUCAUUUUCACUUCAACGAGGCGCUUUUCCGCCCCUUUGAGCACAUCAUGCAGCUGGAGCUGUGUGAUGAGGAUGUCCAAGAUCAGGUGAUCACCUCUAUAGGAGAGUUGGUAGAAAUGUGUUCUACCCAGAUCCAGUCGGGAUGGAGACCCCUGUUCAGUGCCCUGGAAACGGUGCACAGCAGCAGCAAGUCAGAGGUUAAAGAGUACCUUGUAGGAGAAUACUCUAUGGGGAAACGCCAGGCUCCAGUGUUUGAUGUCUUUGAAGCAUUUCUAAACACAGACAACAUCCAGGUCUUUGCCAAUGCUGCCACCAGUUAUAUUAUGUGCCUUAUGAAGUUUGUCAAAGGAUUGGGGGAAGUAGAUUGUAAGGAGAUGGGUGACUGUGUGCCAGGAUCAGGAUCUGCAUCUACAGACUUGUGCCUUCCUGCUCUUGAUUACCUCAGGAGAUGUUCUCAGUUGUUAGCCAAAAUCUAUAAAAUGCCCUUGAAGCCCAUCUUCCUCAGUGGCCGGCUGGUUAACUUGCCCCGGAGAGCACAGGAACAGUCAGCCAGCAGUGAGGAUGGGAUUGAGUGCAUCCUUUCUGACUUUGAUGAUGACACUGGCCUUAUCAAUGUCUGGAUUAUUCUGCUGGAAGAAUUAACAACUGCUAUAUCCAACUGUCCCCGUCAGCACCAGCCUCCUACUUUGGAUCUGCUCUUUGAGUUGCUGAGGGACGUUGCCAAGACACCUGGACCAGGAUUUGGCAUUUAUGCAGUUGUACAUCUUCUUCUUCCCACGAUGUCUCUUUGGCUCCAUCGCAGCCAUGGUGACCAUUCUUACUGGGACGUGGCAUCUUCUAAUUUCAAGCAUGCCAUUGGCCUUUCCAGUGAACUUGUAGUGGAGCACAUUCAGAAUUUCAUACACUCAGAUAUUGGUUAUGAAAAUAUGAUCAAUAACAUGUUGAAAGAUCUUUUCAAGUUGCUGGUAGCCUGUGUAGCAGAACCAACAGAAAUUAUAUCCAGAGUUGGUUGCUCCUGUAUCAGGUAUGUGUUGGUGACAGCAGGGCCUGUUUUUACUGAAGAAAUGUGGAGGCUUGCAUGUUGUGCCUUGCAGGAUGCAUUCUCUGCCACUCUGGAGCCAGUAAAGAACCUGUUGGGCUAUUUCCACAGUGGUUCUGAAAGCUUUAGUGGAGAUGCCUGUGAAGUGAAGGUGGCAGCCCCCUCCCUCUCGCCAAGUGCUGAAGCUGAGUACUGGAGAAUCAGAGCCAUGGCCCAACAGGUCUUCAUGCUGGAGACUCAGUGCUCCCCAAAAACCCCUAGCAACAAGGAAGGGUUUGAACAUGCCCAGUCAUGUGUGCUCAUCAUUGACCUGCCACCAGAUAAGAAACCAAAUGGGCAUAACCAGAGAAGGAAGCUGGGUAUUCCUUUCAGGACGAUAGUGGUGAGCUUACUGUCCCACCAAGUACUGCUCCAGAAUUUAUAUGACAUCUUACUGGAAGAAUUUGUGAAAGGCCCUUCUAACUUGGAGGAGAAAAUGGCAAUACUAGUACCAGAAAACAAGUUGGCUGGUUUUCUCAGGUACAUCUCCAUGCAAAACCUGGCUGUCAUCUUUGACUUACUUCUGGACUCCUACAGAACAGCCAGAGAGUUUGACACCAGACCUGGGCUGAAGUGUUUGUUGAAAAAAGUGUCUGGCAUUAGUGGAGCUGCCAACUUGUAUCGCCAGUCAGCCAUGAGCUUCAACAUCUACUUCCAUGCCCUGGUUUGUGCAAUCCUGACAAACCAGGAGAACAUCACUGCAGAGCAAGUGAAAAAGAUCCUCUUUGAAGAUGAUGAGAGAAGCACAGACUCAUCACAGCAGUGUUCAUCAGAAGAUGAAGACAUUUUUGAAGAAACUGCUCAGGUCAGUCCCCCGCGAGGGAAGGAGAAGAGGCAGUGGAGGGCUCGAAUCCCAUCUCUGAGCGUCCAGCCUGUCAGCAAUGCAGACUGGGGAUGGCUGAUCAAGCGGCUUCACAAGCUCUGCAUGGAACUGUGCAACAACUACAUCCAGAUGCAUCUGGACCUGGAGAAUAAUGUAGAGGAGCCUCCAGUGUUCAAAGGUGACUCUUUCUUCAUUUUACCGUCUUUUCACUCAGAAACCUCCACCCCAUCAACUGGAGGGCUAUCUGGAAAGGACACACCAUCAGAAGAUGACCGAAGUCAAAUCAGGGACCAACUGGGAGACAGCUUGACACCUCGAGGAGGGAGUGGAGAAAUAUUGCUGCUACCCCCACCCCUGAGUCCUAAACCAGAGAAAAAAGAGCAAACCAAGAAAAAAGAAUGGUGGGAGAGUGCUGGCAACAAAAUCUACACCAUAGCCACCGACAAAACCAUCUCCAAGUUUAUGACAGAAUACAAGAAGAGAAAGCAGCAACAGGCCAUGACAUCAUUCACCAAAGAGGUCAAAGUGGAAAAGAAAGGGGAACUCCUGGGUUCAAGAGGGCCAGACUCACCUGUACUCCAGCGGCCACAACAUCUUCUAGAUCAAGGUCAAAUGAGGCAUUCAUUCAGUGCUGGUCCAGAGAUCCUGAGACAAGAGAAGAGACCCCGCUCAGGGUCCACAGUCAGCUCCCUAAAUAUAUCUAUUAGGGAUGCAGAGGCCCAGAUACAGGCAUGGACCAACAUGGUGCUGACAGUUCUCAACCAGAUUCAGGCUUUGCCAGACCAAACUUUCACAGCCCUGCAGCCAGCAGUGUUUCCCUGUAUCAGCCAGCUGACUUGCCACGUGACAGAUAUCCGUGUCCGCCAGGCAGUACGGGAAUGGCUGGGAAGAGUGGGCCGAGUUUACGAUAUCAUCAUUUAAACCAAGCUGUGCUCUGUUGCAAAGGGCAGAAGACAUUCAAGGUAUACAGCAAAGAAGUAUUUGGGGUUCAUUAAUUGCCUAUUUGUUGGUGAUAAAUUAAGAAACAAUGAGCUUGUCAAUAUUGUCUAUCCAUGUGAGAUUGUGUGUCCCUCACUCACACUAGCAAAGGAGGCAAAGCAUGAGUCCUUCCAGAGGAUCUGGCAUGGCCCCAGAACCUAGAACCCUGUCUGUAAAUUAGGCUCCUACCAGAAGAGGUGAUACAUUUCAGUAGCCUUCAUUUUAAUUCAAAUUUGCAGCAGUGGGAGCCACCAGAAACUGCAGCAGAACUUCCACGCUUGCAAUUAGCUGUGAGUGCAACUGUUGUGAGGAUGUCAAACCAGGUCAGUAAGCCUAUUUAACUUAGAAAAUAAAUAAAUAAAUACAAGUCAGUGAAAAGGUGGGGCUAUAGGACGAGUAAGAAGGUGACACUUUUUAGGGUAACAUCUUCCCUUCAAAAAUUGGCAUGAGAGGGGAUAGCCAACUAAAGAUUAUUGUAGUAACUAAACCUGUAACUCACUAGAGAAAGUGGAAAUUUAUUUUGCUCCAAGAAGAGCCUUUGAAGUCACAUUUGGAGUAGCUAAAGAAUCCCAGGUCUAAAACAGGUGAAGCAAGCACAGGCUAUUGAUGCUUUCAUUGCUCUUAUGGAGUAUUGCUCGAAGAGAAAUGGCACUGUCAAACUGCCCUCUCUGCAACACUACCCUGGCUGCCUCUUCACCUAUGCCUACAGCUGAGCAUUUUGCCACAUGUCUAAUUCCCACUAAGGGUGAAAGGGAAGUUUGUUUUGCUGUUUCCUGUAAAGCUAUGGGGAAGACAUACCACAGCAAAUCAAAUACCAGCAUGUGCCAGUAUCCAGCAUUCAACUAAGCAGAGAUAAAAUGCUCCAGUUUAAGCACCACUGCAGCUGUUAUUCUACUGGAAAUUUCUGUUUGCUUAUGUAGAGCUGCUGUAGCCAGGAACACCCUUAUCACCUUUGUUAAAUGUAGCCUAUCACUCCACUUUGAGCUGAAGCAAGAUGGAAAAUGGUAUGAAAGGGAGGUAUAUUUCCUGUUUCUCUCCCAUUUCUUGUCUGCUGCUGUAAAUAGAAAAGGACAGAUCCUCGUGGAGGUACAUCCCUGCUCCGUGCAGCACUCCUAUAGGGACUACUACAAUUUGCUGUUAUUAGUAAGAGGGAGGAGAAGGGGGAGGAUUGACUAUUGUGUUGUCAAGUGUAUAUGUGAUGCUUUUCACACUAGAGAGAGCAAAGGGUUACCUUGCUGCACAAGUUAUGUCACAGCCCCUGGGAUAUUUCAUUUCGUACUCCCAUGCUAUACUAUUUGUUGAUUUGUUGAUAACUUGUUGAAAAUGAGUUGAUUUUAAUUUUGGGUGACCCCUUAAUGCUGUUCUCCCAAGGCUUUUAAAAUGUGCACGCCAACUAAAUAUACAGCUUCAGUCCCUGCUCCAAAGCAUCCUAAAAAUGUCAUCUUUUUAUAUAAGGCCUGGAUUUUGCACAACUAUCUGCUUUUAGCAUCUUAAACCUGGAAAAAAGAGGGAGCCAAGAAGCUCCACUGAACAGCCAUCUCCCGAGCUGCUUUGUUUACAAAGAGUCUGACACUAUUCUCCUGCCUUUUCCCUCCAUUACCUACUUUGCAUUUGUCACCUGCUAGUCUUGUGCAGGGAGUAUUUGUCCCGUAACUUUCUGUAGUGCCAGUCAUGCUGUUUCCCUUUCUUUCAAAAGUUUCCUUUGCUAAAGUGCUUAAAGGACAUAAAAAUGCUGUAAAAACAAUUAUUUUCUACCACCUAAACUGACUUUAUAAAUAACUAAUUUAAAAAUGUUUUCAAUUGUCAAUUUCCCCCCAACAGUUUUAAUACUUCCUCAGGGACAGGUUAGAUUAGCCUUUGGUAUCUGGGAGAGUAGUAGCACAGUUUGAUUUCUGUUGCCAUGUCUUUCUUACACAUUUUUAGGUAGAGUAGAAGUGUGGUUACAUUUUUUGUUAAAGUUUUUAUUUGGCAUCUAUACAGAACUGCUUUUAAAGCAGUACAUUCAUUAGGCAGCAACAGAAAUAAGAAUAAUACAUCAUAUUCAAAGCAGCCAACUCUGAUGGUUUUCAUUAUAAAUGCAUUGAAUGGGUGCAGAUCCUUGCUGUACUGAUCUAGAACUAAAGCAAAUCCCUAAAUUAUGUAGGGGAAUUAAAAUUGAUAUCAAUACUAGUGAAAUCACUCAGGACUACAGAAGAGGCCCUUGUAUCUGGGAAACACCAUGGUUGUGUUGUGGUUGCAGUACAAAAUUCUUCUGUAAAUCAGAAAAAAAAGCUUUAAGAGUGACAAUACCAUUACCACCACCUCCCUCAAGCUCAUGAACACAGUAUAACCUAGUGUUACUUGACUAGCCACCAUCUUGACCUAAAAUAUAAUUUCAUUUCAACUAUUUACACUACAAAUAACCACACUGGAACAUGAGGACAAGUAAAUUUGCUGUGUUGCUGUUGCCGUUUUGAACUUUGUCCUUCAAAUUAUGCACUAAAGUGCCCAUUGUCACCCUCAGUGCCUCUGCUCAUUAACACCCCUCCCUAAAAGGUCAUAAGUAACUUUGUGUAAUUCCAGAAAUGUAAUUUAGAAGGAGGGGAGAAGGAAUCUUUGAAGCAGCAGGCUUUACAUAGCAAAGUUCAGCAUGUGCUGCUCUUCCUUUUCCUUGUGUGUAAAAUGCUAGUCAGGUGAGGGGAGCAGCCCAUGGCCACUUCAGUGACCAUUACCAUGAGAUGUAAAAGCUAAAGCUUUCUGAUGUACCCUCAAAACAUAAACAAACAAACAAAAAAUAUUAGUUGAUUUGUCAGAUUCUCAGCAAUUUUUCUGCUGGUUUAGUUAUAGACAUCGGCAAACCCCAAAGAAGUAGAACAAUAAAUGUGUGAAGUCACCGUUUCAUAGGUCCUGUGUGGCCUGUUUCAUGGCUCAUGACUGCCAGCAUGAUACUUUCAGACCUCAUAAAGCAGGCUUUAUGAGGUCUGAAAGUCCAAAGGAGUCUGCAGAACAGUGCCAGGAAAAAGGAACUAGCAUCAGCCUGUCCUAAGCUUCAGAAGGAGAAUUCCCAACCCUGCACACCCCAAUCACGUCCAGGUACAUGUCCAUGCUACAGUGGCUUUUCUGCUUUCUACCUGUGAGUGGGGAAGCACCUCAGUCAGUAGCAGUAGUAGUCCUUGUAUCCACCUGUGUAUUCCCAUGUGUAUCCCAUUCAAAUCCUUAAUGAUAGCUCUAUAACCUCAUGCAUGGCAGCACAUUGGCAGCUUUACUGUUGAAUCAAACAUUUGAACCUUAAGAAAACCAGUCUCUCUGCAUUACAGCCUGAGCGUGCUCUUUCUCUUUGCCUUGGUUAAUGACCACAUUCUUCCUUUUCUUACCCUUACUUUUUUUGUCACAUAAAUUUCUAUACAAGUUUGGUUUGAUUUUUUUUUUAUUGAACUGGCCAGUUGUUUUUAAAAAUGAUUGCCCAUUAAAUUUUACUCAACUGAAAUGCUUUAAAAAAAAAAUUGUGGUAGCUUGACAUCUUUCUCAGGUACCAGAGCUGCACCUCUGCUGCCUUUGCCUAACUCACACUGCCCUCCUCAGGGCCACCGCAGCAAGCAGAGACAAGGGCAUCUCAUUUUAAAAUCUUGUAGGCAGUUCCUAAGAGAGAAAGUUGCUGCUGUCCAGCAUCAACUACCUUUUAGCACAUGAAACAGCUCAUCACUGUGCAAAUAUUUAAAGCUGAGAAAAGCAGAGCACUCAUCACGAAAGUGAUCCUUUUCCUGAAGAAUAGGAGCAGGGUUUGACCCCAACCUGGUCUCAGGCCAUUGCAUGUGUUUGCACUUCCUUCUGCACGGUGAACAUAUGCAAUCAUAUGAGAUGAUUGACAUGUGUUUGUACAGAUACCUGGAGCUCCAAUCACUGCCAUAUUCUGAGCAUUCAGCAUAUUUUCAGAGAGCUAUCCACAUUAUUAAUGUGCUUAUCUGCUGUGUUAAGUAUUUGUAUCACACCAGCAAUGGUUAACACAGUUAUUCUAGUACCUUUUCUGAGCUUUCAGCAGCCAUUGAAUUACCACUACUGUCUCUUGGUUAAAAUGCUUUCUCGUCUUUAAGAUGUUAAGAUACAGAUUUAAUACUUUCCUAGGGAUAAACUCUCAUUUGAGAAUAACUGACUUAAUUUAGCAUAUAGAAAGAAUUACUAGAAAAAGAUUUGCAUUGACCUGGGCAAUAUCUUCAUUGUACAACUCCCAGCACAGGCAACAUAGCUUUUGCCUCCUCACAGAUGAAAAAUUUCUGUGCUCUGCACUGUGGCUUGCUCAUGUCAAGGCCAAGCACAGUUUACACCUGUGACUUGUAAGGUGCUUUCCCUUUCAGUUUGAGCUUCAAGUUGGGUUUAAAACCUUAAACCUGACUGUAAAAUUCACUGACAAAUCCUCACUUGCCAAAGAUAAAAACCCCCACCUCUAAGUACCAUGUGCAGUCUUCACCUGUACUUCAUAUAUACUUCAUAGCAGCAUCUCAGUGUUGUUGUCAACACUGCAGAGCCCGGCACAGCACUGGCAUGAAACCAUGUGGCAAACAAGGUAGAAAGUAGAGUCCAGCUCCAUGUGCUGCCUGCACUUUGUACCUUUCUUCACAGCUUGGGCCCACACUCAAAGUGCUGAAGAUGUUGAAAUCAAUGGAAGUAGCUAGGUAUCUUUAAUAUUCAGGAUUCAGUCCUUGAACCCUUCAAUUCCUACAUACGGGUUCACAAGUUCUCAGGAAAGGGGGAGUCCUGUACAGUUCUUUGUGUUACCCUCUCGUCUGCUGUCCUCCAUACACCUCCUGCUUGAAAAAUCCACGGGAACCAGCACAUAGUCCCACACAUCCCAGUACUGCAAAACUAGAACCCUCACUUUUGCACAGAUCUAGCAAGCCAAAGUGUUUAUUUUUUACCUAGCUCAUCUGUAUAGAAGCCUGUUGAGAAAUUGAGCAUGUGGCUUGGCUAUUGUCACCUUCAGCAAUCCAUUCUAGAAAUGCCAUUUCUCAGUGCUAAAUUGCUCUUAAAUUCACAAAAAAAGUGACGUUCUUCCUUUUUUUCCCCCCACUUUUGCACUAAGAUACGUCUAAGAUGUCUAAGCAGUCAAUUUACUCAUUACUCCAGUCAUAGUAAUUAAUGGAAAGACCUGUGUACAGGGCUAAUCGUAUGACAUGAAAUACUUAGGUUUUUUCAGUUGCUGAUCAUUCCACAUUUGUUAAAGAACUAAGAUGAUACCAAUCUACCAAAAGAAGUUUCUCUUCGUUUAGUGUAAAGGACCAACUUACCAUGGCACAGAAGCACAAAUGUUGGAUUUUAUGCAAUGUAGAUAAAAGCAUGUGGCAGCUAGUGAUCCCUCUUCACUGAGCCUCCGUAAUUUGAGUGGAGCUUCUAUAGGGAUAUCACCAAAGGGUCUCUCAGCAGCCCUCACCAGCAACACGCCUGGGACUCCAGGAAGUUGUACAACUGCAAGGAAGAAGUCGUAGAUCCUCUUUCCAUUGUUUCCACUACUUCCCCUCAGAACAUAUACUUUAUGUGUGACACUAAUAGGAUAGUAAACAGUUUUGGCCAAACAUGCAGUGCUGGCUAUUUAAAAAGAAAAAAUAAAAACGUACAUGGCCUAACACACAUCAGUCUUUUCACUUAGUGCUCAGAGGUCUCCAAGCUGAAAACUAAAAGUAGAGGGAAGAAAUGCCCUAAUUCUGCAGAUAUUAGUGGAGCUACACUGUAUGAUCCUGGAUUAAUGCAAUAAUGAGCUCGCCUGUGGAACCAAAUUCCCUCAAAUUCCAAUUUUGGCAAAAUCACAAGUUGAGGUUUGCAUAGUCUACACUGCCACAUUGAAUCAGGGAGCUGAGUUUAUGGAAAGCAUUUUUGGUUAAGAAACAUGGCAACAGGAUCGAUUUCAAUCAUUUUACCCAAACAUCCUACUUUUUAAAAGGUAGUUUAUGUACUUCCGUAAAUUCCAUCUGACUCCCAUGGAGCAUCAGGGCCCUGUUUCCUAUCCAUGCAUUUGGUCCAUCUGAGCUGUGGUGAAGUGCCACACUUCCACAAGCAGCAAGACAGCUGAGCUAGCAGACAGGCAUAGGUACACAGGUUCAAGCAAGGGACAAAUAUCUCCUCCACAAUCAGGCUGUGACUCCUGAGCCCCCCACUCUGCAGAGGAAGACAGGACUCUAUGCCAAAGGGAGAACAGCCAGGAAGGGCAGAGCAUGGUGGUGACAGAGCCCUGUAGUGCACACUGUUUGCUAAAGCAGAUGGGAGCAAGAGAUUGAAGGUGUGCAAUGACAACAGCAAGAACCUUCUUUCAGUUCCCCCCACUUUCUCUUCUCUUUUCCCCUCCCCCCUUUUUGGCAUUUUUUGUGAGACUGCGUACAUAUUUCUAUGGCCCUUCAACCAGAACUGAAAGCAAGCCAAAGGGAGUGGACACUCCGUUUCGCCAAAGAUCUAAGUCUUUCCUGUUUGAAAAUGAAAAAAAUAUCAAAUUUUAUUUCUGUGAUGAUGGCUGCCAGGGGAAGCAAUUUACCACAAAACAUGAUUCCCAGGACUUAAUCUCUCUAGCUGUAUAUUCAGGAGGAGCCAGUGAUACUUCUUAAGAGAGUCUAUAAAUUACCUUGUCAAGCAAGUGCUUACAUUGGGUUUACCUUCUGCUGAGUUCAUACCUAUCUGCAAUUCCUUGGUUUCAUCCAUAUUUCUUCCCUCUACCUUUCUGCUCUUCUUUAGAAGAACACUUCCCCAUGUCCACCGUGUCCUGUUGUGCCGCUAGCUUUGUAUGGUCCUUGGGUGUCCAGUGGUUGGGCAGUCACUGUCAGCUGGCUUGCAAAUUGUAUUUUGUGUAUAUUUUAUUCUGACUGAAUUCUGAAAUGGAAAUAUUUUAAAACAAAAAGUAUAAACUAUUUAUGUUGCUUGUGUUGUAGAAUAAAGACGCAAAUGCAAAAUAAA